AUGACGAGAAAGUCCAAACGCAAUCGAUCGCCUUCCCUUCCACUUGUAAAGACCAAGCCCAAUCCUGAUUCCGGAACUUUUCUCACUCCUCAACCACCUUUGAAAAAGGCAAGAAUCAGCAAUGACUCCAAAUUGUCUUCAAGCGCCAGGAAGAAAGCUAUAACCCAUGAAGAACCACAAAGUGAGAAAGAAGAUCCCGAUGACGAAGAUGCUUCUUUCUCUUCUUCAUCAUCAAUUGACGGUGAAUCCCCAAACACCAUAGUCGAGAGGAAAUCGCAAAGUGGUUUCAGAGCAAAGAGACCUCAAAUCGCUGAAUCGAUGCUUUCGAUGCUCGCUCAAGCUACAAAUACGGACAUUGAUCAGAUUAGAGAAUUCUUCAAUGCCCCUUCGAGAGGACAUCCAUUGCGUAACGAUAUCGACAUUCAGGACGAUGACCCCAAGACAGACAAGUCGAACAGGGAAGAUAUGGUUUCCAGAAUAGAAAGAACUUGGGAAGGUGUAGUAGAGGACUGGGAAGAAGUCAAUCAAGAAGAGGAUAAUCAUGGAGAACUUGAAAUCAAGGCGGAACAACUGAAGAUUUGGGGUGAUCGACAAGAAGCAUUAGCCAUGUUCACAGGUGAUCACUGGGACAAGACAAUAGCUUUCGUCGGUCAUAGAAAGGUCAAGAUGCAAGAGAUACUGAAGAAAAUUCAUGACAUUGAUGGGAAUAGACGAAAGCUGCUUGACAAAGCUAAGGAGGAUUUUGAAGAGGCUUUGAAACGUCAAAGUGAUGAACUCGAAGGCUUCAAGCAAGAGCUGAAGAAAGGAAGAGAGAAAUAUCGAGCCAAACUCCUCAAAGCUACUGAUAAAGAUAGAAUAAAUAAGGAAGUCAACAUGACAGUAGCCAAGCUUUUAGCCCAGAAUUAG